GCGGGAGAAGCAGAUGGUGAUGGGCGAGAGCAAGAGGAGUUCGGGACAAAGAUGACCUUCUGCACGCUAGCGGGCACGCUUGGUGAGGUUGGACGUCCUGGAGACCCCCUCGACGACGCGAGCCCUCGAUGAUCGAUGACCGCGUUGGCGAAGAGCGACCCCCUCCCCAACCGCCCUCGGGUGGCCUGCCACCCGAGAGACCUCCUCGCUAUUGGAGAAGCCCUCUUCGCUCGCCAUGCGAUCCCCUCACCUCGGAUGAAAACGACGUUGAAAGCCUUAGCGGAAGACUGACGUCCUCAUCCAUAAUGGACGACUCGCUCUUGAUUGGCGACUUGCUCGCUGUUGAUGCACGCGCUCGCCAAGAUGGGAAACCUCACCGGACGAACGGUCUCCUCGCCAGCCGCAAGUCGCCUCGCCAGCCGCAAGUCAUCACGCCAUUCACGAAGAACUCCUCGUCGACGAAAGGCACCCCUCGUCGACGAAGAACACCGCUCGUCGACGAAGAGCAUCUCCCUCGUCCACCCCGAACGUCCUCGUAUCGUCGACGAGAAUCUCGUCGGCCGCCAUCUAUCGUCGCUGGGCAUCGUGGCCCUCCCGCGCCACCGAACCCCCUCGCACCGUCAACGCACCAGAUGGUCAUUUCUUCAUCGGCACAUCCGACAUGCAUCCUCCUUCUCAUCGGCCUGUCCGACACGUACCGACGCAUGCCAGACUGGACGGACAGUCACGGUCAGGAGUCCGAAGUCCUUCGUUGGGUGGUCAGAUCAUCAGCAGAGCACUCGCCAACGCACCUUCCAUUGCCAUCUAUCACCGCAUGGGCAUAGUCCCUCCAAUCUGAACCCUCAACUGAAGGGCCUGCGUCGUGUUCGCCAGAGUCCCGCGGUCCGCCGCAAAGUCCCUCCGUCCGGUCGUAGACGCACUCCGUCCGGUCCGUCGAACCAUCACCCGAAUCG